AUGUGGUUGUUUUCACGUGGUGGUAGUAGUAGUAAAGGUGCCGCCGAACAGGGGACAGUGUCUUCGUUCCCUAAUGCCGCUGACGCCCAGACGGUGUUGUUGAAACAGACGAAGGGCAUUGGCCACGAAGAAGGCAUAUUGUCCCCGUCACUAAUAGACCGUACAAAGAGCCAACAACUCGCCAUCAAAAAAGGCGAUGGCCGCGUGUCCUUCUUUGACACCGAUGCAAUCGACUGUAUAGUGAAACGCUACACGAAUGAAAUGACUGUCGCCGAUCGGCAGAUGAAGCAAAAACAGGAGAAAUACGACAAGAGUCUUUUACAUUUAUACGACUACGAAGGGGAUAGAAGAUAUAAACAAUGGCUCACGGACCAAGAACGCGUGCAUGAGAAUCUCAAAAUUCAUUGGUUGGAUAUGAUGAUCGACAAACCCUUUCACUGUCUAACGUACCUGGCUAGAGUUGGAACCACAAUAGGAUUCUUCUACGGCUUGGGACGCUCGCUUUACCUCUAUCGUACAAUGGACAAAAUGUAUGCCAAGCUCCAUGGCGUCAGUUUCUCAAAUAUUGCAAUUUACGAAAUAAGUCUAUCUGUCAUCAAGUGGGCUCUCGUGUCGGCUGCUGGGACAGUGGGUGUUGUUGCUGGUGAGGCUAUGACGAACAUCGUGGUAACCGUCGCCACGGGGGAUAUAUCCGUGCCAGAUCGCACAUGGGUUAACAUAUGGGCGUGUGGAACUUCAUGUGGCUUGUUCGGUGGGGGGGUGUUUGCCGCGCUCCACGCCUCUUUGCUAACGUUCAGGGGGAUGUCAGCAGCUGUUGCUGGCUUCACUACCAUCAGCUCCCUCGCUGGGCUUACACUUGGCCGACGUGUCUACCAUCCCUACGCUUCUGGGCGUCAGAAUCGUAUUUACGACCCUUACUGGCGUCCAUGGUAUGAGAGAAGGCUUAACGACGGCGGCGGGUCAUACAUGCGAGGAAAGUACACGUGA